AUGCUUUCACUACUUCCGUCGGCGCUGCUUGCUUUGCUCUUUGCGUCACCCGCUUUGUCAGGACCGACCUCCAAGUAUGACCCCUUCAGAGCACUCGCGUUGCAAACACCCAAACCAGCAGGGAAUCCGAUAUGCUGUCUGAAGCCACAGACCCCCUUGGAACCGGUUGAUGAUGACAUUUUACUGUCGUUCGAGGAAUGGAAGUUGAAGCAACACGCGACUGCAGCAGAGGUGGUGGCCCAGAAGCCCAAGCAGAAAAACACGACACGACAAUCGUCCGCUGGAGAUACCGGUGCAGCAGGAGGUGUUAACGACAGUGCCAACAUUUUGUCCACACCAAUCGACGAUUCCGCCCCGCCGAACACGCCCCAAGAACUCCCCGUUUCUCCUCAACUCCGAAUCCCUACUACAGAUCGCUUCAAUUACGCCAGUCUAGACUGUUCAGCACGUGUGCACACGGCUCAUCGCUCCGCCAAAUCCCCGUUGUCGAUUCUCUCAGCAAAACGAGAUCGAUAUAUGCUCAGCCCAUGCAACAAAUCGAAGGAGAAACAAUUCGUUGUCGUCGAGUUAUGCGAUGACAUACGCAUUGAUACUAUUCAACUGGCCAACUUUGAGUUCUUCAGCGGAGUGUUCAAAGAAUUCACCGUCAGCGUUGCCAAGACGUCCCCAGAUCCCGACGCCUGGACCUUCGUUGGAUCAUAUCGCGCAAAAAACGUUCGUGGUGUUCAAACGUUUCGUACCCCAGACUCCCUGCAUGGUUUCUACCGCUACAUGCGUAUCGAUUUUCUAUCCCACUACGGCAGCGAAUACUAUUGCCCAGUGUCUCUCCUCCGUGUUUAUGGCCUAACCCACCUGGAAGAAUGGAAAUUGGACGUAUGGCAAGAGGAGAGUCGAGCGAAGCAAAUCGAGCUGAGUGGCAGACAAGUCAUUUUGCCAGUCGAGACUACUGAUGAAGCCACCACUGUCCCGACGUCAGCUCCUUUCACUCAUAUCGACCCCAGCAAUCCUUCGUCUACCCCCAGUAUCGACCUCUCAUCAGGCCUUUCCUCCCUGACUGAUUCUGGUGUUCCACAUUCAACUCACCUCCCCGACUCCGCGUCCCCGUCAGAUCAUGAGUCUUCUCCAAUGGUGACUGCGAGCCAGGCCUCUUCCGGCGUUUCUUCCAUGACCUCAACACCCUUAUCUUCGACUGCAACUUUGCAAACAACAAGUGUCCGCCAUAGUAUUCACGAUGGCACCCUUCAUUCAAGUCGUACAUUUGGAUCACCCACAACCAAGCCCUCCAUGACGACAUCCUCACCGCAUCCACCACCAAACAACCCAGAACUGACAGUCUCCUCCGAAUUGGCUGGCCACGCCCCACCUGGGCAUACCAUGGCAAUAAAUCACACCUCACAGACUUCCCUCGCAGGAGUGUCCAACCAUCCGUCUCCCAGCACCCCAACAGUUAUCGUCUCCUCUCCCUCUGUUACAGUCAUUCCAGUAGCUCCAAUGCACCAGACACACGGCGGUGAAUCCAUCUAUCGAACUAUCAUCAACCGCGUCGCUGCGGUCGAAAACAACCAGACGCUCUACAUGCGCUAUAUUGAGCAACAGAACAAUGCUAUUCGCGACGUGAUAAAGAGGCUGGGUGAAGAUGUCGGACGGCUGGAGGGCAUGGGUCGUGCACGAUCUCUGGCAUAUCAGCGUGCUCUGAGCGAUUGGGAGAAGCAGCGCUACCAGCUUCAAAUGGAUUACGGUGACCUUGUAAAUCGCAUUGAGUAUCUUUCUGAAGAGAUCGUCAUGGAAAAGCGGUUAGGGGUGGCGCAGCUGUGUCUCCUUCUCGCUGUCCUCGUCUUCUUGGGUCUUACCCGUGGAUCAAGGCCUGACAAUUUCCAGAGCCAUGGUUCUGUCAAAGUCAACAGCUCUAUGCGAGAGUGGGGUAGAAGGCAUUUUACGCUAAGUAACGAUUGGACAAAUCGUUUCAAGAGCAAGGCUCCAAGUGAAAGCAAGAGGAGCAAGAGGAGCAGCAGCGCAAGUCGUACUCGAACCCCGACAGUUUCUCGACUAAAACCAUCAACAGCUAAGUCAAUUCCACCGUCCCUGUCACUCGAUCUUGCAGAUGAUGACAAGGUCGUGUUUCCUUCUUCGAGCCGUCUGCGACCCAAGGAGCAUCUUGAGACGAUAUUGCUGAACACAGCCCCUGUUUCAAACGAACGGGGGCAUUCUCGCUCUCGCACCAUCUCCAAUCCUCGGUCUCGAGCUCCGUCCUUGCGUUCCACUCCAGCAACAAGGCGAACGCAGUAUGCCAUUCCUCAUCGCCCGAUAACACCGACUCGUUCUGCCUUCAGACCUACUCCCUUACAACGGUCGAACUCUCAAGGAGGUGUCCCGGCCAUGCCACAAAGUACGUCCUGGGGAGCUGCCGUCCAUGCGCCGAAGAGUGCAAAGAAGUGGGCUAGGAGCGCGCACCUGCACGAGGUGAAGGUCAUACCCGCACUGAGCAGAAGGUCGGGAGGCCUGGAUAUACGCUCAACGAACCACGAUAGAAAGGACCGCACACCGAGAAGGUCCGAGUUUGAACAAGAAAAUGUCGACAUCUUUUCAUCUCCUCCGGGAAUGCCUCGUUUUCGGACAAGGAUAACGACGCUCUCGCAGAAAGCUUGCUUUUCAAACCGGAAGUAA